AUGCGCGCGCGCCCCGUGCACCCUGUUGCGCGCCUAGCAGCACUCGACCGCGCCCCGCGCGUGCUCACCGCUGGUACUCACGGCCUCGCCCACGCCUACAGCCACCGUGCUCAUGCCCCGGCCGGCUCCCGUGGAGACAGCCCUAGCUGGCUCCCCUCCGGCGCGCCUCCUCUCCUCCUUCCACCCCUCCGGCCGGCUUCUCUCCCGCUCGCGCCGCCUCCUCCUCCCCACCAGUGCCUCCCUCUCCUCCUUCCCCGCCUUCGCCUGGCCUCCUCCUUCCGCCCCUCGAUAUGGCGCCGCCCAAACCCUAACGCCCUGCCCCGGCCCUGGGUCGUGCACCGCCUCCACCGCCGGCAGGAGGGGGCCGCGGCUGCCGUCGCGCAGCCCGACGAGCAGGAGCUCCCCGGCGAGCAGCCGUUCCUCGUACUAGAAGAAGUGUCGGCGCUGCUCCUCCUCAAGGUCAAGGCAGUCUGGGUAGGCUCCUCGUCGGCGUCGGCUUCCCCUGCCUGCCACUCCUCUCCUCUGAUGGAGUUGACCUUUGCUGGAGCGGACAAGUUUGGAUGCCCGUGCGCCUUUGGUGGUGGGAUAGGAAGCAAGGGCCAUUGGACUGUAUGGGAAGAAUGGGAUGCUGUCAGAGCAUGUACAAUGCAGAAGCGUCGUUUGGGGGUCGAGCCACUAAUGCAGAAGAUUCAUAGCGGGAUUCUCCAGGUGGACGCUGGUAUCCUCCCGCCGUCCGGCACCAGCGCUAGAGAUACUGUAUGGAGCUGAUAUUCCUCAGAAACUUUUUUGUUUCGUCAUAUGAAGUUCCUGCAAUCUAGGUUCUAAUUCCAUCAUCCUCCAGCCUAGAUAUGGGCCCUAUGCUACUAUCGCUUGAGUGAGAGUAGUGCCAGAGCUUCACACGAUGAAGCCCGUCCAUUUGUCCGUUCUUCGGCAGGGUCACAAAGUCUUUGUGCCAAGAUUCUUCCCUUUGUAAAUAUGAAAGCAGCUUGCACGAUCUAUUCACAGACUUGCUCUGCUGCUUUGUAGCCCGACUGAUUCUGUACUCUUGAUCGUCCUCACGGCAUCUGUCAACUACAUUGUGAAUCUUCUCUUUAUCUUAAGGUUGUACUCGCUGUGCUAGAAUGUUCAGAUGAUAUAAUAAAUACAUCUUUCCUUUUUA